UGAGGGGAAAAGAAGAGAGGAAAGAAAACGCUGCGCGUGCUAAGAGGGGAUGCUCAGACUCUUCUUCCUUCACCCUGUGUCUACUCUCCCUUCGUUUUCUGUCGCUAAAAGGCUCUCCCGUCAAAUCUUAUCUUUAACCAGAUAAUUCUCACACGUAAAUCUUCCCCUACCUCCAUGUCCAUCAACUUACCGUCCCACGUUUUUGCUGGCAGCCCUCUAACAUCCAAAUCCUCAAAUCCGGGCAAUCCGUUUUCUCCUACGGCAGGUCUUGAAACCAUUAAAGCCAGUCUAUCGGACAACAAACAAUCUGCAUGCUCUUCUAAUUUCAAAGUUUUGCUUUUCAAUUGCGGGAGGCCCUUGGCCUCUUCGAUUUCUGUUUCCGUUGAUUCGCCGCCGGUUUGGAAUCUGGGUUGGAUCAGUUUAGAUGAUCUCAUCAGGCUCUUGGAAAGUACUGGUGUUCAACUGAGCGGAGACCAGUUUGUAUAUCUGGGUUCGCGCGCUGACGACAACGUAGUUUACUGGGCAAUCGAUGUUUCUGCUGAGCGCAGCCUGGUGCCUUUAUUAAGAAGCAAGCAGUUUUGUUUUGUGGAGCUUCGAACGCUCAUGGUGGCCACUGAUUGGGCGGACCUGCAAGCUAUGGGGAACUUGGCUAUUGCUGGUCAUGCCAGAGCACUGCUGGAAUGGCAUAAUUUAUCACGUUUCUGUGGACAUUGUGGAGAGAAAACGCUUCCUAUUGAUGCUGGGAGGCGGAAGCAAUGUUCAAAUGAAUCUUGCAAAAAAAAGAUAUAUCCACGAGUUGACCCGGUGGUAAUUAUGUUAGUCAUUGAUAGAGAAAAUGACCGUGCCCUUUUGAGUAAACAAUCAAGAUUUAUACCAAGGAUGUGGAGCUGCUUAGCGGGUUUUAUAGAGCCAGGAGAAAGUUUAGAGGAGGCUGUGCGAAGAGAAACAUGGGAGGAGACUGGUAUUGAAGUGGGAGAAGUGGCGUAUCACAGUUCUCAGCCCUGGCCUGUUGGACCGAGCAGCAUGCCAUACCAACUCAUGAUUGGGUUCUUUGCGUGUGCGAAAUCCCUUGAAAUAAAUGUGGACAAGAAGGAGUUAGAAGAUGCUAAGUGGCACAGCAGAGAAAACGUGAG